AUGUCGUCCGCCCCAAACCCCACCCACCCCUCCACCCAAAAUUACCUAACUACCCUCGGACUCGGCUACGGCAUCGCCAUUGCGCUCGGCUUCCUCGUCCUCUUCUCCACUCUCCUCCUGGCCUCCUACAUCUGCUGCCGCGUCUCCCGCCACCACCACCACCACCACCACCACCACCCGCCUCCCAAUCCGAACCGGAACCCGAACAACUCCGACGGCGUCAUCCUCCCCCGAAUCAUCUUCGUCGCCGAGGACGACAACGACCAGCAGCAGCAAGACGACGAUGAGAACGCCGUCGUCGGGAUCCACCAGAGCGUCAUCAACUCCUACCCCAAGUUCCCCUUCUCCAAGGACGUGGCGGCCGCCGAUUCAUCCACGUGCUCCAUCUGCUUGUGCGACUACAAGGACGCCGAGAUGCUCCGGAUGAUGCCCGAGUGCAGGCACUACUUUCACCUGAUGUGCCUCGACGCCUGGCUCAAGCUCAACGGGUCGUGCCCCGUUUGCCGGAACUCUCCGUUGCCGACGCCUCUGUCCACUCCGUUGCAGGAGGUCGUGCCUUUGUCUCAGUACCCUGCCGAUCGGAGAUGGAGGAGGUGA